GCGCGGCCCGCACGCGCCACCCGCCGACACCCGCCACACUCGACAACCUCCACAAACAAUGCCUUCCUGGUGGGACUACCUCCACUUCAACCGCCAAUACCAAAACAAACGCAACCUAGAGGAAGGCCUGUUCCAGAUCGCGUCGCAAACAUGCAACAUUCUCGUCAAAGUUAACAACACAAACAACAUCAACUUGACAAGAAACAACAGGAGCGACGAGUACGGGUGCGCCGGGCCUCCCGCGGGCAAGGGCUCCAUGCAGGUGUGUGUGCCGAAGCACCGCAAGCAGUCCUCCACGUCGGGCUGCCACGCCGGCCUGUCGACUGUGCUCGAGUCGGGGAGUGUGGGGAACGCUUCGUCAUCUGAUGAGGAGCUGGAGCAGUGGGAGCAGAUAUUCAUGAUGAGGGAUGAAAAUGGAAACAGCUACAAUGAUAGGAGAAAAAAGAAAAGCAUAUGGUGCAGGCCGUCCUGCAUCCCGGUCUCCAUAGUGAUCCUGUUGAUAGUGCUAGUGGUCUUGGUGCCGCUGCUGGACCAGCCCGGCUCGCAUGCCGCGGCGCCCGGCCCCGCGCCCAGCGUGCGCUGCCAGCACCAGUGUAGGUUAUCCUUAGUUGAAAGUAUACCAGAGGGUCACAUGUAUCCGCCUAAUAUUACUCACAUACCCACUAAGAAUGUAUGGCUAGAUUUAAUUGACGUAGCUCAAUCCAGUAUAGAAAUAGCAUCCUUCUAUUGGAGUCUUAGGUAUAAUGAAGAAUAUCCAUAUAACUCUUCUAUAGAGGGAGAACAAGUUUUCCAAGCAUUGUUAGCUGCUGGGUCAAAAAGAAAUAUAAAUUUAAGAAUUGCUCAAAAUUGGCCCACAAAACAAUACCCUAAUAUAGAUACUGAAUAUUUAGUUAAGAAAAAAGCUGCCCAGGUAAGAAGCCUGAACUUCUCCAAGCUACUGGGCCACGGUGUGCUACACACUAAGUUCUGGAUCGUGGACCGCAAGCACCUGUACAUCGGCAGUGCUAACAUGGACUGGAGGUCUCUGACUCAGGUGAAAGAGCUCGGCCUAGUUGCAUACAACUGUUCGUGUCUCGGCUCCGAUCUCGGAAAAAUAUUUGAUGUGUACUGGAGCCUCGGCGCGCCGGACGCGGCCGUCCCGGACAGCUGGCCCGACGAGCUGGCCACGGACAUCAACAUGCACCACCCGGCCAACUUCAGCCACGGGAACGAGACCUACGGAGUGUAUAUUACGAGUUCCCCACCGCCCUUCAGCCCUAAAGGCCGCACCAACGACGAUGACGCCAUAGUGUCCAUCAUCGAGGGCGCCGAGCAGUUCGUCUACAUCUCCGUCAUGGACUACGCGCCCGCGCUCGAAUUCGCGCCUAAACUAGAGUUCUGGCCAAAAAUAGACGACGCGAUUCGCAAGGCGGCUCUCGAGAACAAGGUGAAGGUGAAGAUGCUGAUCAGCUGGUGGCAGCACUCGGCCGCCAGCGAGGACUACUUCCUGCGCUCGCUGGUGGCGCUGGCGGGCGCCUACCCCAGGGUCGAUGUACAAGUGAGGCGCUUCAUAGUCCCGUCAACGCCGGACCAAAGCAAGAUCCCGUACGGGCGAGUGAACCACAACAAAUACAUGGUGACAGAUCGCACGGCGUACAUCGGCACUUCCAAUUGGUCUGGAGACUACUUCGUCACGACUGCGGGAGUCGCCUUCGUGUUCCAACAUGACCAUCACACGGAUAACAGAAAUGUCACCCAAGAUAACUUCAGACAAGAGUUGCAAGAUGUGUUUGAAAGGGACUGGAAUUCGCCGUACGCUGUGCCUCUGAGAAGGUUAUAGUAGUGUGUUGUUUGUGUGUGUUUUUUUAAGAAUUUUUAUAUGUUAGGUAAGGUGACUUGGUUUUGUGGAGUUAGCAAAAAAAUAUGUUAUUUUUUUCUAACCUCACAAAGCUAAUUCAGUUUUGGUGUUUUUCUUUAUGAAUUUGUUCGGAUUAGAAAGAAAGUAAUAAGUAAAAGACAAAGGUAUGCUCAAGUACUUUGUAUGGUGUUAUAAAUCGAGGGAUUUUGAUGUGUUGUUUAUUCUUCCAAACUCGUUGAUUUGACGAUCUGUGUUCUAUUCUCGGUAGUUUUUAAGUAAAUCUACUUAGAUAAGGUAGUCUUUUUCUAAACAUGACUACUACUUACUUAAUAGUUGAUUUGAUUUACCUACUUGUAGAGUAGAAAUAGCGAAUUUAAAUGACCUCUUGAGUAUUAUAGAUACAUAGGCUGAGACUUACAGACUGCAUAUAAAAAUAUAAGUAAUAUUCGUUACUGUCUGUGAAUCUCAGUCUAAACACUGACCGUGUGAAACAUUUUACAGUGAUUGAGACCUUUGUAAAUAUUAACUACAGUAUAUUUGUACUACAGAUCGACUAUAUUAUUAAUUUACUAUAGAAAUGUUGUAGACCUUCUUUAGGUAAAACCAAAAAGUAUUCAAUAAUACAAACUUUUCUACAUCCUGUGCCUUUUCUAAUACAUAGCUGUAAUUAUAUUGUGUGCUGGUGAAUAAGUAUGACUUCUUAGAGACAAACAUUAUCAUUCUAUGAAAUAUCUGUUUGAUAGUGUGUAGAUUUUUAUAUUCUUCUAGUGAGAACGAGUGAUACUUGGAUCUUUAGAAAACCGUGUAAUCUUUAUUAAUAAUUUCGGUUUACUGUAGUUCAAAUGUAAUUAAAGUCCCAUUGAAAUUCAGAUAUAAAAAUUGUGGAGCAUAGUGUAUUUCAACGAAAAAUAUCAGCGCAUGUACCGAAUCAAAAAACCAAUCGUUUUCAGAGACAAUACCAGUGAAUAUUGAAAAAUCAUUUUGUAAAUAAAAUCUACAUUUCCUCUAA